CCCUCUCUCGUAGUCCGGUUGCUCCGGUAAGAAUCGAACACUGGCCACAAAGGUGAAUAUUAGAGGCAUUACCACCUCUAUCUAUGGUCAGUACAUUUUUCAAGUUUUCUGUUAAAAGGUUAGGAUUAUCAUUCAGAAAACUCAUGGAAGAAAGUGAUGGAAAAGAGAAAAUAGAGAGUGGCUUAAUAAUGAACUAUAUUAGUGGAGCAGGCCUUGUUACCAAGAUGGAAUUUACCAACGUCUGACUGCUAAGCACGUCUUGGUUUAAUUUGUGAAGUGACUUGCACAUUGAUGUGGAGUCUAUAUUACAAUUUUUUUUUGUUUGACCUCUACCUUUAAAGAAAUGCCCGGCAUAUUUGUAUAGUAAUAGUAAUACUAUUGUUAUUUCUUUUCAUAUCAGCAUAUUUGUUUAGAAAAAUGCAAUAGAAGAAUAUUUGUCUGAGUUUCUUAACAUAAUUAAUGUGUUUGUCUCUGAAAUUUUUGAACAUUCAAGAGCAGGCCAGCAUGAACAGAAUAAUUAGACUCUCUCCUAAGAUGCAGUGACUGCGAGGGAGUCUACUUGUAGAAAUUGUCAGCAUUGCGGAACCAAACGUGCAAUCCACAACAUUCAAAGCCAAUUGCUUGGUAUAAACACUAUCUACAUUGUCAUAGAUCCAAUCAUUUUUGUCUCCUUACUUUCCACCACCUAAUAUUUCUCCUGAAACCAACUAAUUGUUUCUUGGUUUAUUACAAUCAACCACCAUGCCCGGACCCCUUCGACAAUCCCCUGCAUCGCCACGACGAUCUCCACCUCCUCAUCCUCAUCCUCAUCCUCAUCCUCCCUCUUCACCACCUCAAACUGGGGCCAUAACCCCUAUGAGCAAUGGGUCUUCAUCACCUCGUGCGCCAAUAUCCUUGCAAGCACCCUCCCAGAGGAAAAACCCGUCUAAAUCAAAUAAAAUUUUGAGAAGGGUACGAUCUGUCUUUAGGUCUUUCCCUAUCGUAAGCCCUACUUGCCGGAUACCAAUGCCAAACAGGCUCAAUGACGGGCAUGUUCAUGGUGGGACUAGGAUCACCGGAACACUCUUUGGGUAUCGAAAAGCAAGAGUAAACUUGGCAAUCCAAGAAAAUCCUAGGUGCCUCCCCAUGUUAUUGCUAGAGUUAGCCAUCCCAACAGGAAAGCUGUUGCAAGACAUGGGUUUAGGUCUAGUGAGGAUUGCCUUGGAGUGUGAGAAGCACCCCUCGGAUAAAACCAAGCUCAUUGAAGAGCCCAUUUGGACAAUGUAUUGUAAUGGUAGGAAAACUGGUUAUGGCAUCAAAAGAGAACCAACUGAUGAUGACUUGAGUGUUAUGCAAAUGUUGCAUGCUGUUUCAAUGGGUGCUGGUGUUUUGCCUAGUGGUGAUGGAAAUGAGACACCAGAUGGUGAGCUUACUUAUAUGCGUUCGUUUUUCGAGCGUGUCAUUGGAUCUAAAGAUUCUGAGACAUACUACAUGAUGAACCCAGAUGGGAGUGGUGGCCCUGAACUUAGCAUUUUCUUUGUUAGGAUUUAGUUGCAAAACAAAUAUCAUCAAGAUUAUAUAUUCAUGUAACUAGGGAAGUCUAGGAGUUAUUCUUCAUUUACUUGAUUUUUGUAUCUCUUUGUCCAGGCAUUAAGUGUUACAAACUUGGAUGUUGAGCAACAUAAUUAGUAUUCUACAUAAUUGUGAGAUACAAAACUUCUGUAUAUAUGGAAUUUCUCUAAUUGUAGAUACUACCAGUAACUGUGCUGGGAUUUUACAAGGUAUGAAUUAUGGUGUUAUU